AUGGGACCCCGCGUGACACGCGACGACGCAAAUUCCAGGUCCAGAGCGAUUUCGGUAGCGCCAGGCAGUGGAGAAGUCGAAAGAAUAGGCCUUGCGAUACUUGCCGAAAAAGGAAGACGGUCUGCGUCAUCACGUCUGUCCCUCCAUGUGGGUCUUUUCUGCAAGGGCCGAGGCCUUGAAUGCAAAUCAUCAGCGCCUGGUGCAGCCCCUUCAUCCUCGGCAUCAUCCGGUCCCGAGAGGACUUCACAACCCGAGAACGAAGUUGCCCGAGAGUCAUCUGUACCAGGGUCUAGACAACUUGAGAGCCCCUCGACACCUGCCUUGGUCAUUUCCUACGAUGGCAAUGCUUCAGAGGAGGGAAACUCCAGCUUCACACCCCAUGAUCCACCCUCACAUCACCCCAACCAGAACGCCGGAGCACAUCAUCUCCCCGUCUCGUCUCCAUCCGUAAGCACCCCUCGCCCCGGGCCCAACGGACUAUGGACACUAGACGACAACGUGAACCGAACGGCGCACAGCAUGGGCCCGGCAGCGGAGCAGGAUACCCACCUCCUGGACUCCAUCCGGUCCGGCAUCCUCAGCAGUCCGGACGACGUCGACGCAGACAUGAUUCAAGUCUACGCAGGCAGCAAGUACCCCUGGGACCCUCCGGUCCACUUCUGCCUUCUCCAGGACGAAUUCGCGAAACACGACGACGCCGCAAAGAAGGCCGCUUCGCGCGCCGUGGAGGACCUGGUCGGACCAUACGGCCCCAUCCUCGUCCGGCUGUACUUCAAGCACGUCCACCCCGUCCUCCCGAUCCUUUCCAAAGUGAGGUUCCUAAGACAGUACGCCGCCGACAAGACAAAACUCCCAGCGUCACUACGGGGGGCAGUCUACGCCCUGGCUUCCGUCUCUGGGAAAAGGGAACCGUCAUUGAAGGGUCCCUUUCCGUUCCAGCAGCACCAGCUCGCGGACUACGCAACGGACUCUCUGCAGCGAGAACUCGACGCUCCUAACCUGGCCAAACUACAAGCCGGCCUGCUUCUACUGCACGUCAAGCCCAACGACGUCGACAGCAUCGAGCAUCCUCGUACGUGGACCUCGACAGCCCAAGCAGUCGCCACGGCGCAGAUGAUUGGCCUCCACCAAGACGCAGAACGGUGGCGCAUCGCGCCCUGGGAGAAGAGGUUGCGGAGAAAGCUUUGGUGGGCCACGUAUGUCGCCGACGUCUGGUCUGCCGUGUGCCACGGUAACCCCCCUCACAUUUACGCCGCCUCGUUCAACACCUCGGACAUCACCAUGGACGAUUUGCGGAGUGACGAAGACGUACCUGAGGAGCUCCAGAUGAUGGUCGACCCCGCUAGCGCAAGUUUUCAGCAUGUCACAGGUGCUCGAUUUCUGAAAUUGGUAGAGGUCUCUCGGACACUACGAGAUCUGAUCGAUUGCAGCUUCCAAGUCCCUCGCCUGAGACCCCCAGAGGGCGAAGAAUCGACAAAAAGUAGCCGCUUGCUUGGACUGAAGAACCGACUUAGUGGCUGGGAUGCGUUGCUGCCCCAGUGUCUCGCGAUGCCUCCUCCAGAAAGGGCAGUUGGCGCAUCGAAUAAUGCACCCCUCCAUCUGGCAUACUACGCCUACUUGGCCCUCUUAUUCCGGGCACUCAUGAGUCCGGCGACGACGGAGGCCAAAAAAGACACCUCAUCGAGUCUGCGACGCUGGUUCAGAACAGCAGUCACGGAGUACCAAGGAUUCACCACUUUCAUAGACGCAGUGACGGCCGAAGACCUACAGGGCUUCUGGGGCCGCCGUACGUUCACUCGACCCCCCCAUCUUCUAAUUGCAGCUAGGAACAUGAAGCUGACCAGGAAAUGCAGAUGCCCGGUCCCAGCUCAUCCUCUGCGGGAAUUUCCUCAUCUAUCUCUUCCUCCUAGCAAGAGAGGAUUCCGACGGGGAAUCAGCAUGGGUUCCCUGGCGCUUGAUCGAACGUUUCCAUACGUCGUUACAAAGGCUGGAGGCGCUAGCAGAUGA